CUGGGCCUCUGCACCAGAUGUCCCUGCGGGGACCUGCGUGAGCUAGGGCGGGGAAGCGGCGGGAGAGCUCAGAGCCCGCCCUUUGCUGUACGCGGGACGCGAAGGGAUGGAGCUGGCACUGUCGGGGCGCACGGAAACCCGGAGCCCCCGAGACGCGAUGAGGAAGCAGAGCGCGCGCACGGCCGCGCUCAUCCUGUGCAUUCUGUCCUACCUGCUGGUGGGCGCCGCAGUCUUCGAUGCGCUGGAGUCCGAGGCCGAGCGCAACCGGCAGCGGCUGCUGGCCCGGAAGCGCAGCGAGUUCCGCAGAAAGUACGGCUUCUCUGCGGAAGACUACCAAGAGCUGGAGCGCUUGGCGCUGCAGGCAGAGCCGCACCGCGCCGGUCGCCAGUGGCGCUUCGCAGGCUCCUUCUACUUCGCCAUCACAGUCAUCACCACCAUCGGGUAUGGCCAUGCCGCGCCAGGCACAGACUCCGGAAAGGUCUUCUGCAUGUUCUAUGCACUCCUGGGCAUUCCCCUGACGCUGGUCACCUUCCAGAGCCUGGGCGAGCGUCUAAACGCGCUGGUGAGGUGCCUGCUGCUGGCGGCCAAACGCUGCCUGGGUCUGCAGCGGCCGCACGUGUCCGCAGAGAACAUGGUGGUGGCCGGGCUGCUGCUGUGCGCAGCCACCCUGGCCCUCGGCGCCGCGGCCUUUGCGCACUUCGAGGGCUGGACCUUCUUCCACGCCUACUACUACUGCUUCAUCACCCUCACCACCAUCGGCUUCGGCGACUUCGUGGCGCUGCAGAGAGAUGAGGCGCUGCAGAGGAAGCCGCCCUACGUGGCCUUCAGCUUCCUCUACAUCCUGCUGGGGCUCACGGUCAUCGGUGCUUUCCUCAACCUGGUGGUCCUGCGCUUCCUCGCCAGCGCCGACGCCCCCGAGCGCUCAGCCCGCCGCGCCAGCGCAUUCCGCAAGGGGGCGCUCGAGAGCCGCGUCCGUGCUGCGUCCUCCACCUGCAUCUCUCACCGCAUCCAUCAGCUGGAGACCUGGGCCUGUGACAACCCAGCCUUCUCGCCUCCCUUGAGUCCAGAAGCCCUGCACCACUGCCACAGCAGCUCAGCCAGCCGCCGAGCACGGAGGAAGUCCAUCUGACAGUCCUACCCUGGCCAAUGUCUAGCCCCGCCUGUUAGCAAACCCACCCUUCCUCUGGCUUGGAGGGGGCUGAGGCUCCCGUCACCAACUGUGGAUCAUCCCUUCUAGAAAUACAUGAAUGCUACACUAAACGCACAAGCCGACUCUACAGUUACCCUGGAGGUGUAAACUGUUUAGUCUAAACUUGUAGGAAAAUGUGGCCUUCAGCUCCGAGGACACCAGGUCACCCCUUCAAAGGAUGACGAGUGGCUAGCUUCUGCUCUGAAGAGGACACACGAUAUCUUUGAGGGGAAGGGCAUAAUUUUAAACACUGAGACUGGAUGCUCAUGCUAGAAGCAUGAGAUAGAGACAGACUGAAGGCAGUUUAUGGCUCACAGUGGGCAAUUUCUCCAUUAUAUCGAUGACAGCAUUCCCUUUGCUCUGCGUGAAGAGUAGAAUUAGCCCAUGUAAAUGGUUGCCCUUACUGUCAAGCAAAAGCCUUGUCCCUGGCUAGUCACUUUUGGAUGAAGGGAAUAGCCCCCCCCCCCAUUACUAUCUAUAGGCAGCUCAGUGGCGUGUGAUACAUUUCAUUCUGGGACCCACCAAUCACCAGCAACAUGUCACUUCCCUGGACCCCAGCUUCUCCAUCCGUAAGUUCCUGUGCAGACCCCGCUUCACAGGGGCACCUGUGGGAGAGCUUCCUGAGGCAAGCUUCUGCUCAUAGGGGAUGUUUAUAAGCCCACGGCGAGGCGCCUUGGCAUCCUAGAGCGCUCACCCCUUAAAACACGUGUCCCUUCUCUUCCCAGAUAGAACUGUCU